UUGAAUAUUUAUGCGUUAUCCAUUACGCAAAACUCUUUAAAUUUUGCCAACACUUUUGGAGACAGCUCCCAGAGUUACAUUUACUAUUGGCAGUUGACAAGUCAGUUUGCUUCUGACGCUUGGAACAAAUAACAGGCCUCUGUGGAUAUCGCAAAAGAUUUGCAAGACAGAUAUCAAAUAUGACAAAUAUCAGAUAUAUGCAUGCAAAUAUCUUAAGGCGGUGUUGAAGCAGAGUGUUGCUUGGCGAGUUCAAACGCCGGGUGCGUAAGAAACUUGUAACUGACUGCUUGGUUGCUUACAUUGAUGGUGCGACAUCAAGAUCACCUCAAGCUACCUCAAGAGACGAGAAACGAGGCCAUUCACAUAUAUUAAACAUUUAAGUUUUCCUUUUACUGGAACUGGAAAUUCAAAAUGGCAGAGGUUAAAGUUGAACGAGAGACUUGGACGGCAAAGUUUGAUUUCAUACUGGCUUUGAUGGGGUUUUCCAUCGGCCUUGGAAAUAUUUGGCGGUUUCCUUACCUGUGUUUCAAAAAUGGCGGAGGUUGUUUUCUCAUCCCCUACUUAAUUUGCCUGGUCGUGGCAGGAGUACCGGUUCUGGUUUUGGAAAUUGCUUUGGGACAGUACACAAGUCAAGGCGCAAUCACUGCGUGGAAAAUUUGCCCUCUUUUUCAAGGUAUUGGCUACGCAGGUGUACUGGUUAUGCAGUAUAUUAAUAUUUAUUACACCGUGAUUCUUGGCUGGGCCCUAUUUUACAUGUUCGCGUCCUUCCAGUCAAGACUUCCUUGGUCACAUUGUGGAAAUGAAUGGAACACUCCAAACUGCGUGAUUUACAGCGAGGAAAGCCAAACGAGUAAGCUGGUAACAAAUUCUACAAUCCUUACAAACGCGACAGUUACAAGUGCAACUAAGGUGUCAGCAAGUCAGGAAUACUGGAACUAUAGGGUAUUACGGCUUUCUGAUGGUUUUGGUGAGCCAGGACAAGUGAACUGGGACCUAGCGCUGUGUCUGUUGUUGGCUUGGAUUAUCUGUUACCUGUGCGUGUGUAAAGGAGUCAAGUCCAGUGGCAAGGUUGUGUAUUUCACUGCUACAGCUCCUUACCUGCUAUUGACGGCCAUUCUGAUCCGUGGAGUCACAUUGCCGGGAGCCGUUGAAGGAAUUAAGUUUUACCUUACACCCGACCUGUCAAGACUAAGCGAUGGCCAGGUCUGGAUCGAUGCAGGAACGCAAGUAUUUUUCUCGUAUUCAAUUGGAAAUGGAACCUUGACGGCGCUGGGAAGCUACAACAAACGUAAAAACAACUUUUACAGGGAUUCAAUAUUGUUCACAUUAUUUAACAGUGGAACAAGUUUCUUUGGCGGAUUUCUGAUCUUCUCUGUGCUGGGAUUUAUGGCCAAAAAUCAGGGAGUGGAUAUCAAAGAUGUGGCCACGUCAGGUGCAGGACUUGCUUUCAUAGUUUAUCCAGAAGCGGUAGCUCAGAUGCCUUUAGCUCCGCUGUGGUCUGCUCUGUUCUUCUUCAUGAUACUCCUGCUUGGUCUAGACAGCGAGUUUGUAGGUAUCGAAGGUGUUGUGACGGCCAUCGUUGAUUGGUUACCGCAUCAUCUUAGACGUGGAUACCGCAAGGAACUGUUCACCGCCUUUGUCUGUUUUAUCUGGUUUGUCGUUGGGCUGUCGAUGGUUACUGAGGGUGGAAUGUAUGUCCUGCAAUUGUUUGACGCCUAUUCUGGUAGCGGAUCAGUUCUCCUGGUGGUGGUCUUCUGUGAAAGUUUGGCCAUAGGUUGGCUGUAUGGUCGCCAUCGUUUCUAUGAUGACAUGGAAAACAUGCUGGGAUUUCGUAUCAAUCCGUGGAUUGGUUGGUGCUGGUGUUUUUUCGCACCCAUUUUUUGCUUGUUUAUCUUCAUCUUCCAAUUUGUGACGUAUUCCCCACUGUCGUAUGACAAUUACAAGUAUCCAGACUGGGGUCAGGUGAUUGGUUGGCUGCUCACGUUAUCCUCAUUGUCCUUAAUUCCUGCGGUGAUGAUAUACAAGCUAAUCAAGACCACUGGUACUAUGAAAGAGCGUUUGAUCAAACUAAUAACACCCGACCUGAUGGACAAAGAAGCCAAUCAGAAAGUGCUUCUCGGUGACCUAAGGGAAAAGAACGGAGAUGAAAUGCUGUUGACAAGCACUUUGUAACUUGCAUUUCCUGCCUUUUUGUGCAUUCUAUAAUCUCAAAGUACAUAUACUCAAUGCGGUUUGUUACUCAACAUUUAAAUUUAUUUCCUAAUGUGUAAAGGAAAACCACACAAGCCUUUUGACGUACAUGUAUCCCUGAACGUGUGAUAAUUGAUCAUUAAAAGUGGCCAUUAAGGGAUCAUAUCUUUUACGUUUGAAUAUAUUUCAGUACGCAAUUAUGUUUGUACCUAAUUCACUCGAAUUUUGCUGACCACCUGACUACAUCCGAAAAUGCUCGACGUCCUCGAAAAUUCUUGGGACAUCAUAGGGCAUGAUCGAUCUUCGGGCAUGAUCGAUCUUCAGGCACGAUCGAUCUUCGGGUAAACACUAACAUCUUGGACAAUGUUCGGGAACCUUCAGAGUCACUUUUCCUUCGACGAACAAUAGAGCCAAUACAUUACAUACUACAGUCAUGUUUCUGUGAAUAAAAGGGUCUAUAACAACCAAAAAGAUUUACCAAUAAUAUCGAGUUAUGCCAUCCCCUUGUUCGACCGACCCAGCUUUUCGCCUUUUCGCGAGUGCUUCCGCAGCUUUUUGGGUUCACCCAAACUUUCACGAGUGCCUCUAUUUGGAAAUCACUACGAGAACAAGGAAGGAAAAUCCCUCGCUUAUGUGGAUUAUCGAAAUGUAAAUUCUCUUUACUCGCGCCAUCAUUACGUCAACAGCGCAUGCUAGUUCUUUGUUCCUAUCGAGUUUUAGAAAUACGCAUUUAGCACGGGCUCUCGUUCAGAGUGUUUUCUACAAUUAACAAAAACCCGAAAGUUUACGAAAUGAAGAAACAAUAUGUACUAAUAAUUUUCUUUAUUUAUAAUUGACAAAUGUUUUCAAGUGUAGCUUUGCUCAUAGAAGAAUAAACCUAAUUAAUUAAGAAAAUAUUUUAAAUCUGUUGAACAAGAUGCAUUAUUUUUCCAACAUACAGUCGAACCUCUCCUUACGGACUCCACUGAACCAAGGAAACCUCUAUAAUUAUUAUGGACAGUUCAACAGUUCAACAGACUAUUUUACAGUUGUCUGCUCAGUGACCUGGCCUUUGGAUGGCAGCGAGGCUGGAGUUGACCUUGUUUUGGCACAGACCUCACUGCUUUUGUUGUGUAAAACAAGUUGUUCUGAUGCUAACUAGGUGCAUUUACCCGACAAAAACAGUGCUCUGUAUCCAGAAACCAGGAUUUUACAUAUUCUCUACCUCUAUAAUAUGAACACUUUCAUGAUACACUCGGCUCUCGCCUUUAGCUGUCCGUAUUAAAGAGGUCCCACUGUAUAUGCUGUGGUUUAAUUUCAACCUUCGGUACGAUUUGGUGUUUCCCUCUGUUCUGGUUUAUGGUAAUACAUUCUAUUAAAAAUUGGGUCAAUGGAUAAUGAAAUUCGAGAGUUUUCAUUGGCUUAGCCAUCAUGGGUUAUGAGCAAUGAUAUCAUGCUCUACAAAUGUGGUAAGCGUGCACGUGAUUUUGGGGGCAUUUUUAUUUUUGUUUUAGCCUAAUUUUCUAUAUUUUGUGGGCGUUUUUAACAAAACGAUUAUUCC